AUGGAGCUGCAGGUCAACUGGACAGAGGUGUCUGAGUUCUUCCUGAAAGGGUUUUCCGGCUACCCGGUCCUGGAGCACCUGCUCUUCCCUCUGUGCUCCGCCAUGUACCUGGUGACGCUGCUGGGGAACACGGCCAUCGUGACGGUGAGCGUGCUGGACCCCCGCCUGCACACGCCCAUGUACUUCUUCCUGGGCAACCUCUCCAUCCUGGACAUCUGCUACACAUCUGCCUUUGUGCCCCUGAUGCUGGUCCACCUCCUAUCCCACCGUAAGACCAUCUCCUUUGCUGGUUGUGCCGUCCAGAUGUGUCUUAGCCUGUCCACGGGCUCCACAGAGUGUCUGCUGCUCGCCAUCAUGGCCUUUGACCGAUACCUGGCCAUUUGCCGGCCCCUCCGGUACCCGGUGCUCAUGAGUCACCGCCUGUGUGUGCUGCUGGCAGGAGCUGCCUGGGUCCUCUGUCUCAUCAAGUCAGUGACAGAGACAGUCAUUGCCAUGAGACAACCAUUCUGUGGUCACCGCGUGGUCAGCCACUUCACCUGCGAGAUCCUGGCCGUGCUCAAGUUAGCCUGUGGUGACACUUCCGUCAGUGAGGCCUUCCUGCUGGCAGGGUCCAUUCUGUUGCUGCCCGUGCCUCUGACCUUCAUCUGUCUGUCCUACACGCUCAUCCUGGUCACCAUCCUGCGGGUGCCCUCGGCCUCUGGCCGCCGCAAAGCCUUCUCCACCUGCUCGGCGCACCUGGCUGUGGUGAUGCUCUUCUACGGCACUGUCAUCUUUAUGUACAUGAAGCCCAAGAGCAAGGAAGCCCACGUGUCUGACGAGGUCUUCACCGUCCUCUACGCUAUAGUCACGCCCAUGCUGAACCCUGUCAUCUACAGCCUGAGGAACAAGGAGGUGAAGGAGGCUGCCAAGAAGGUGUGGGACAGGAAAUGGGGCUCCCAGUGA